AUGGCUCAUUCAAUGGCCGCCUUUAUGGCUUUUUAUCAUGCUAACAAGAUCGAAGACUGGACGUGUAAUAACCUGGUGGAAUAUUAUCGUGAUAAAACGGAGAAAAAAGAUUGGAAGAAGGUAUUAGAUUGGAUCAAAAAAGAUCUCGUUAGGGUAACAAGGUCUGACUCUGAGUUCGACACGAUACGUAGAGGAAAAGCACAAGAAAUCCUGGACAAAUGGAAGGAUUGGACUACAUUUUACAAUGACAUUAUAAGAAAGGAUUGCGCUCAUGUGAAUAUGCGGGUAAGGACCAUAAGUACUAUAAGUCAACUAAACAAUCUGACUGGAGAUUCAACACAAAAUUUCGACAAUUGUCUUAUAACUUCGGGAAAACGAGAUAGAGAAGAAACGGAAAGAUCCUCGCCUCGAUUAAAAAAGAAGGCGUUUUCUAGUGGAAGCUCAGAUACUCGGAACUAUUUCUCGCAGAUUCGUUCUGAGCAGAACGAACAAGAUCAACGACCUCGAACCCCCGAACAUAGAAUUUAUUCAUCAGGUGCCAUGCCAUCUUGGAACCGAGAGUCACAAGAACUCUGUGAUUCAGAUAGUGAUCCCAUAUCAGAUCACAAGUUACUUGACGAAUUAUCUGAGGAAUUAAAGGGUUUGGGCGCCAUUGAAUUGACAAUUCGGGAUACUUUGCUCGAAAUUCUCCAUGUUUCGAAUGCCAAAUUGAAGAAAAUGACUCGAUCAAUAUUAAAUAAAUUGAACGAAGGACAACAGUGGUUUGAUCAGGUUCUCAAUAAACAAACAUGGGCUUCAACUUCAGAGUUCAUCGACUAUUGCAAUCAGUUCACGGACCACGUAUGUAAUCGUGUACAAUUCCCCACUUUGGUACGCAAGUCCUUUGUCACAGGGCAUUUUGAUCCCUUUGUUCAUGAAGGGCACGACAUUGCGCAGGACAUUAUGAAACACUUUUCAGUGCGGUUGGAAGCUCCAUGCAAUAUAAGUUCAAAAUCGUCGAAACUGGAAAGAACCUACGCGAUCGACACGAUUAUAUAUGUUAUGAAUAGAAUUUUCCGUAUGCAUUUCGAUGUUCUCGAUGAAAACUGGAUAGAAAUACUUACUAGAGAUACAAAGUCCCAUAAGAUCGAUGGGGUUUUGAAAGUUUUUCAAACGAAAAAGUUUACACAGACAAUCAUAAUCAUGGAGUUUUCAUGUGGUCAAUACGCUUCAGAAGACAAGGAUACUGACGAUCUAGUGAAAUUGAGUCGCAAUGCAAAAGAAUUUUAA